GGCUAAGGGGGAAACGCGUGUUGAUCACGUGGAUCCGGCGGUGCUGCAGCUAGGGAAAAAAUGCAGAGGAAUACCUGGUGCUACAGCAGAGACUGGCGACGAGAUGGGCGACGGCGACGACAUGCCAGUCCGGACAGGCAGAGACCUCGUCCUAAUCGCUCUACACCUUCCAAUUUCAGUCAACAGCAUACAUCUGCUGGAACUUCUCAAACUGAACAACUUUCGCUGCCAUUGGUUUCCACAAAUCCAUCCCAAAGUUCAGCUGUGCCAGAUCUGCCAGGAUUUUACUUUGACCCAGAGAAAAAUCGUUAUUUUCGGCUUCUUCCAGGCCACAACAACUGCAAUCCUCUGACUCGAGAGAAGAUUUUACAGAAAGAGCAGGAGAGUCAGAGGGUUUUACUUUUGCGUCAGGAAGAUAACCUUAGAAAGAAUUCUGCCAGAACAGGACUAAACUGCACCUUACUUUUGCAGAAGAGGCAAUUUGGUAUCAUUAGAGAGACAACAUAUUGUAGGCUGAUCCAUGAAGUGAAAGUUUGCGGUAUGAGGAGGCACAAGCUAGAUGUACAGAGUUCUGAUUCUAACAACCCCAACACUGACAAUUUUAAACUUAUCGUGGCUGAUUCUGCUUGUGAACGUGUGUUUACUGUGAAUGACGUGGAACACAGUGGAUGCAAGUAUGGCAUUAUGAAUUUUAGAGGCUGCUCGGGAGGCUCUCUGUCUGUAGAAAUGUGUGAUAACCUCUAUUUUACUAAUCGAAAGGUGAACUCCAUUUGUUGGGCUUCGGUCACUCAUCCAGAUUCCCACGUUUUACUUUGUCUUGUUGGGAUUGCAGACACCCCUGGCUGUGUCAGUCUUCUUCCAGCAUCCUUAUUUAGCAACUCAAACCCAGACCAGCCAGGUAUGCUUUGCAGUUUUAAAAUUUCUACUGCUUGGUCUUGUGCCUGGUGCCUGAAUCCUCAAGCUGACAAAAAUUUUAGUACCGGCUUAUCACGACGUGUUAUUGUGACGGAUGCUGUCACAGGACGGAGACAGACUUAUGGUAUUAGCAGUGAUGUGCUGGCACAGCAGUUCACUUUGCGGGCUCCAGUUUUGUACAAUGGUUGUCGCUCUGGAGAGAUAUUCAGCAUUGACCUUCGGCAGAGGACACGGCGAGGUCAAAGUUGGAAAGGAGUGCGGUUCUACCAGGACUCAGCCAUCACAUCUGUCCGUAUUCUUCAAGAUGAGAAUUACCUUGUUGCAGCUGACAUGCUUGGAAAGAUUAGAUUAUGGGACAUCAGGAUGGCUAAAUCAGUGCGGCAGUAUGUGGGACAUCAUAAUGAACACGCUUACCUUCCUCUGCAUCUAAAUGAACAAGAGGGACUGCUGCUAGCUGUUGGUCAGGACUGCUACACACGACUGUGGAGUCUGGCAGAUGGACAUUUACUACGGACCAUACCCUCCCCUCAUCCAGCAAGUAAAGACUCAUUGCCUAGUGUGGUGUUUUCUUCAAAACUUGGUGGAAAAAGUGGUCUUCCUGGUCUUUUAAUGGCUGUCAGCCAGGACUUGUACUAUUAUUCAUACAACUCAGAUUAUCAGGAAUAGUUCUGGGUUAAUGAAUAGUAACGGUAUCUGCUGGGUGCAGAUUCUGUUUUUAUUUAUCUUUUUUUAAACUAUGUCAUAAGUAAGAGAAACAAAACUGUAAAAUACUUGUAGUGAGUAUAGAAAAUAGUAAACGAUAAAUACUCUGUACUUGCUUUGACAGCCAUGUUGUAGACAAGUAGACACAAGUGUCAGCCAGCCCUUGGUGUGAUUUUACUGGAUUAAAGAGAUGAGUGAGGUUGCUUUUUUAUUUGUAAAGUUUUGAUCACUGAUAAUGUACAGUCUAAAAAUGUACUUUUCAUAUUUUUGAAAUUGUAAUAAGUAUGUAUUUAUUUUUUACAAUAAAUUUAAAAUCUAUUUAUGUAAGUACACAUUAAAAUCUGUGUUUUGCAAUUCA